CAUUCACGAUCCUUCUCUUUAAAUGAACAAUUCCUUUCAUUUAAUUUUCAACCACACUUCAGGCUAUCUCAACAUAAUCAUUCCGUUUUUGUGCUUUGGACUUUUACAUCCCAACCUCCACUUUCUGUUAAAACAAAAAACAUAAAUAUUAUUUUAUCUCCAUUAACAGAACACAAAAAUGAAGAUAAAUUUAAUGCAGGAUAUAUUUGGAACAAAACUGCUGGAAAUGCUUUCGAACAAGUUUUAAUUCCGGUAAAUAUGGGAGGAAAUGAAGAUAUGGGUUGUUGAAAUAAUAAAUUCUGAUUGGGAUUUAAUUAUUAUUGAUGAUUUAUUUUGGACAUUUGGAUUUGCCCUUACAACAUUAAAACACCGUUUAUGGGAAAAGAAUGGGGGAGGAGGAGGAAAAGAAACAAAAAGUAUUAUUUAUUCAACUGCAGGCCAAACACUUUUAUCCGCAGAAUCUAUUAAAUCUACUGGCCGUGAUUGGGUAUCUAAAUCACCAUUAUUUCCGUUUAUUCCAACUGAUAAAAAUGAUGCAUAUACCCCUAAACGUUUUACACAUAGAUUACACGCUUUAUUUGAAAAUGGAGCUGAAUAUAUUUUAAUGAAUUGGAUUGUUGAACAAUUUUUAAUGCCAAAUAUUGCUCGUUUUGGUGUUCCAAAUUUUACUUGGAAAGAAUUAUAUACUCGUAGUUCACUUCAAUUAUCUGAUUCUAUUGACCGUUUGGGGUGGCCACUUUCUAAAGGACCAGAAAUGAUUAAUAUCGGCGCUCAUUGUAAAAAUCCAGGGAAAAUGCCAGAAAAAUUUAGAAAAUUUAUUGAAGAAGAAAAUUCUGAAGGAACAAUUUAUGUUGCUUUUGGAACUUAUCCAGAAUGGAGUUUAGCCCCGAAAAGAAUUAUUUCGGCAUUAAUUGGGGCCUUUGAACGAUUAAAUAAAUUUAAAAUUAUUUUUGCUUAUAAUGGACCUCCAAUUAAAAAUUUAAAUAAAAAUAUUUUGUUAACUAAAUGGGCACCUCAAUUAGAGAUUUUAGCACAUCCAAAAACUAAAGCUUAUAUUACACAUGGAGGAUUAAAAAGUGUAAGAGAAGGUUUAUGUUUUGGUGUUCCUUUAAUUUUGAUGCCUUUAUUUGCUGAACAAGCACACAAUGCUCAACAAUUAUUUGUUAUGGGUAUUGGACCUGUAAUUAAUAAAUAUACUUUAACUAUUGAUUCUGUUUAUUCUACUAUAUAUUCGACAGUUUCCAAUCCAAAAAAUAUUUUAAUUUCAAAACGUUUUCGUUCAAUAUUUCUCGACAGACCAAUUAAAGCUUUGGACGAAGGAUUAUUUUGGAUAGAAAGAAUUACUCGUUUAAAGCCUGGAAGAAAAGUUUAUUUUGAACGUAAGGGGAUUAAUUUAAAUUGGAUUAAUUUUUUGUAUUUUGAUUUUAUUAUUUUUAUAUUUAUUUUUAUUUUAUUAGUAAUUUUUUAG